GGCGGCGGGGCCGGGCCGGGGUUCGCGCUGGGGCGGGCGGGUCCCGGUGCUGCUGCGGCUCCGGGGGCGGUUCUGUCUCCCAGAGGAAUGGGCCGCCAGCACCUGCCUUCCUGCCCCGUGGAGGCGCGGGGUAGCACAUGGUCAUAGCCCUACGUGCGACCGGUUUGAGUAGUAAAGGUAAAAACUGGCGAUUUCUGAUCCCGCAGUGUUUUAACACGCUGCUUAGGGACAAGUCGCUCAGAGCCAGCUCUAUGUCAGCAGGACGCUCGACCGUCACGGUGCGCCUCGUGCGCUCCUUUGAGCACCGCAAUUUCAGACCUGUGGUGUACCACGGGGUUCCCCUGGACCAGACAGUCAGGGACUUCAUGGCUUUUGUGCUCAAGGAUGUGUCUUCAAGGCCAGGACUUCCUCCUCCUUUUAAAAAUUACAAGUAUGAUACAAUGAAAAUUAUUCACCAAGCACACAAAUCUAAGACUGGUGAGCUUGUAGUGAGUUUGGAAGAUGAUGACAAACUGAUUUUGAAGGAAGACAGCACACUGAAAGCAGCUGGAGUAGCAAAUGAGACGGAAUUAGCAUUCUUCUGUGAGGAAGAUUACAGAAACUACAGAGCUAAUCCUGUUUCAGCCUGGUGAAGAUCCCAAGAGAUUGUUUUGUUUUCCCAUACCUGUUGUAAAUUUUCCUUAUUCUGCUUAAUGAGAUUUUUCUUAAAGAUCAAUAAAUCCUGGAGGAUUUCUUUGCAAACAGUGCAAUUCCCUUCCUAUAGAAAUUAAUUUCUGUCGAUAUGCUAAGGCUGAGAGAAGAAAAACUGGGGGACAGAAAUGACUUUUUUCUCCCUCCCUUUUCUUUUUGCUGUGCUUGGCUGUUGAGCCUCAGGCAGUGCCAUCCCUGACCCAUGACACAUGUCCUUGGUGUGAUCCCACAGCAGACAGUAACUGCAUGAGGAAAUUACAGAAUGCACAGGGUGAUCCCAUCACACUACUGACUUCUAAUGAAAAUGAAGUGAAACCUCCUUCAAAUGAAAUGAAAUGUUUUAUGACCAAAUCACUGGGUAUUUUAAAGAACUUGAGAAGAGAACCUCUGUGUUUCAAGUCACAGCUUUACUUCUCUCAUUUUAUGUUUGGUCUCUUUUGUUUAAGCAGUGCAAACUGGCCAGUGUUUCAUGCUUUUCAGUGGUGAAUGCUUUCCAUUAUCCUUUCUUCCAGCCCUCUUUAGCAUGCUGAAAGGCACAAAUGUCUGUUGGGAGGCUUUUGUGUCCAGGAACCAGUUUGCCUCCAGCUUCACUUCAUGGACACCUUCACAUAGGGGGAGCAGCUCCAGGACAUCAGUGUGCCUAAGCAGGAAUUGGGCAUUUUUCCAAGGGGAGUGAAAGUUCAUGGUUUCAGUUUAAAGAAUAAAACCUGAAUGAUUGCAUUUUUUGUGAGGAGAGGCCCAGUCUGUGAGCCACAUGUCUUCAAGGCUGGAAUUGAUUCCUUUGUGCUUUCCAUGAGCCAAAGACUCUGUUGCUAUGUGUUUGUUCUUGGUAAAGCUGGGCUUUCCUACUACAUGAACCAAAUUAAGAAUAAUAGGAAAUAAUCAUGCAUCCAAUAAAGUACCUUUAGUUAGACAUCACUUAUGAAAUGCUUUUUAGGAGGUACCAACAUGGGAUUCUGUGCCUUUAAGCCUCCCUUCACAGAAACAGGACUGAUGCUGGCUCUCUUACUUAGCAGGCUUCUUGGGCACAGGCUCUGCUGAAUGGAAUGAGACCUCAUGUGCAAUUGCUUUAGACCUACACAUCUACACUGAGCUCUGGGUGAGAGCUGACAGUGCUGUAUCCAUGAGACUUUCUGGAGGGGUAACCCUACCAUUUCCUAGAGCUUUGAUUGUUGUUUUUAUUGACAUGUGUGGUUUCCAAAGUAUCUUCAUAAAAUUUCCCUUUUUUUUUAGAUGUAGGGCCAAAGAAUUCUCUGUGUAUUGCUCCCACCUCAUUUUCCUUAUCCUUCCUGACAACUCUGUGGUUUAGGUUGUUUUACUCAUCAACAGCUUUUCUUCAGAAUUUUAUUCUCUAGUGAAAAAAACUCUACUACUUUCUCAACUGUGAUUAAAUUAUUGUAUCUUUAUCUUGUGAGGAGGAGUCCUGUGUCACUGAAGCCACCUCUGUUCUCCUGGGAUGUAGAUGCUGUUAUGCAUGCCCUGAUGAAUUUAUGAGGAGAAUUUACCUCUUGCCUUCUCUUUCAAGCUGAUGCAUUGCACUCCAGACUAUCUCAUCUUUGUUCAGCCAGAUUCACAAUAAUGAAGGUAACUUUUAAGGGCAGAGUAAGAACCAGAGACAUCAGUGUCUCAGGCUGGCCUGCCAAGGCAUCUAAAUGGUGUCUGCCAGCACAUGCAAGCUCUCAGACUGAGCAAGCACUGCCAUUCUUUUCCUCCUGUUCUGGGGAUUUGAAUUUGGUCUCCAGUCCUUUCAGACAGAUUUGGAUUAGUUUUGUGAUCCCUUUUCUCUAAAGCAUUUGUGUUUGAAAGAGUCCCCACAUUUCAACAAUUAUCCUUUCUGGGCUUGUACAGUUCCAAACUUGCAGUGUCACAUCAAGUGUAGUACAGUGGAAGAGCAAUUCUACAGCAUCAAUGAGAAAAACUGUAAAUGUUCUACUGCAAAUGUUCAAGAAUGAUGUGUCUGGCACUCCAGAUUAACUUCUGUUUCCAAGGGAAGAGUUAAACUACUCUUUGUGAGCUCAGUUUGCUCUGGCAAUGGCACUUCAUUGGCUUCUUUCUCCAGCAGCACAGUGGAGCCUUUUGUAAUGCUCUCAAUGGCCAUACUUGUAAACUGGUUUCUUCCUGAAGUGUUUUUCUAUUGUGUAUUUUUUUCUUUGUUUUAUGUGGGUUUUUUUUUAAUGAGACUUUCAGUAAUGCUUCUUUCAAGUAAACCCCACAAAACCACAGAUAAUAACUGAAAACUUGUUAGGAAAGUUGCUGUUCCAACAAUUUUUUGGUGGGAUAUGGUACAGCCUGGUAUCAAAGUAGGCUAGAUUUCAGGAUUAUUGAGUACUGAAUGAAAUCUCUGAACACUGGCUAAUAAAUUAGUAAAGACUGAGAUGUCUUUGC